AUGCGUAGUGUGUGCAAUCGAGGAAUUAUUCUUAAUAUUAUGUUGUGUUGGACUCAAGUCUUGUCUCUUCGACAGGACCAAGAGAGAUUGUGGGACCAAGAGAGAUGGUGGUGCAGCAGUCUUGGAAUUGGAACGUGUUGCACGAGCAAAUGCAACGGCUUUCACAAGGGAAUCGUCGUUGGCCUCAAAUACCGCGAUCCCAAUGCUCCGCUACACAGCUGUGUAGCCGAACCUGGAGAAUACAAAUCCGCCAAAAUGAUAGAUGGAAAGCGGGUGAUGGACGUCAUGUCGUCCGAUGAUGUCAACCAGUAUUUUCCGGAAGCAAAACGACCGCUGGAGAAAUCUGACUAUCUUUGUCGUGAAACGUGCCAGAUCACUUACGACGAUGGCAAAGAUGCGCCUGUGACCGUGAUCCGUGCGGGGGGCCUGUCCGGCAACGUCACAUGCAUUGAGAGGUUCGAUGAGAUUACGGCCUUUCGAGAAUACUAG